CACCAAGAAUCGCAGGACCUUGAAGGAGGCUGCGAUCCUGCGUCAACAAACCAAACUGGGCCAGCUCAUUCUCCGGAUUGUGUACCUGGUCCCCAUAAUCGGUCAAGCCCUGUUGUACUGCUUACUUACCGCUAUCUAUUUUCUUCUUCAGCCUUGCAGAUAUCAUUGCAGCCUCGAAAUUUCCGGCGGCUGGACGCUCCCUAUUUGUUCCCAGAGGUUGCUUGGCAGCCUGGUCUCAGCUACCGAUGAACACCCGACGACACCACUAACUCACCUCUUCCGCGCAGCAGGAGCAUCAAUUACUCUCGACUUUGUUCCUCUGACGUUCCUCCGUACUCAAUACACCAUCCUCCAUAACCUUCUCGCACCGCAUAACCCACCAUGUCGACCCGCAAACACCAAAAGAAACCUUCCCGAACGCACCGCUCGACCCUCUCCCUCCAAAAGACCGAAAUCCUCAUCAACAUCUACGACCUCCUCCCGCCGGGCCGCAUGGCCUCGUUCCUCUGGCACAUGGGAACGUCCCUCUUACACUCGGGCGUCGUGAUCAACGGCAAGGAGUACGCCUACGGCGGGCACGACCGGCGCGGCCUGACAGGCGUGUACUGGACCAAGCCGCGCACCGAACCGCCCGGCGGCACGUUCCGCUGCGAGUACCUGCACGGCUUCACGUUGGCGCCACAGCACGAGAUCGACGCCAUCAUCCGUGAGGCGUCCGAGGAGUUUCUGGGCACCGCGUACAAUCUCCUGACCAAGAACUGCAAUCACUUCACGUCGUAUCUGUGCGAGCGGUUGACGGGGAAGCCCGCGCCUAGGUUCCUGAAUCGCGCGGCGAGUAUCGGCGUCGCGCUGCCGUGCGUGGUACCCAGGGAGUGGAUCGAGGUGCCAGACUUUGAGACGGCCGAUGGGGCGUUGUUGGAAGAGGAAGAGGAGGAGGAGCAGCAGCAUCAGAAUCGUCGGGAUAGCGAGCGCGCGAGAAUGCUGAGAUCGUCGGAAGAACAGCCGCGUCUGGUCGGGCAGGAGGAACGGGAUACAGAGCAGGAGUGGGAUAGUGAGGAGGAGCGUCGGCGGGGUGGGAGCAGCAAAGGCAAGGGAAAGGCGUCCAUUAGGGACUCGGCGGGGAGGAUGCUGCCUCUUGCGGAAAGGGCGCCGACCGCAUGAUGUUCGGUUGACUUACUCUCAUUUGGCGUUGCGUUGUUUUUGCAUUGGUGGAGUUGGGAUGGAAUUCAGCGGUUUUGAAACCUGAUACCCCGGCUACAGGGGGGCUGGCGACUAUCACGGCUGGCGUUCUAUGGAGGUUAACGGGCUUUGGUCUGAGUCAAACAGAAUUGGAUUGAUGUGUGGUUUGGAGGGUCAAACUCUCAGAUAUCGCGUGGUGUCAGAUGAGGUAUCCCUUUUUGCUUGAUAUCUGAGUCUCAACUCACGCACGGCUCAGAGGCCACGUAAUGAGGGCUCCCCAUAUGUAUGUACGAGGAUUCGGGUAGGACGGUAUCACGCAGCCCGGUGAAGCCCCUUUC